AUGUCUAACAAAGUCACGAAUAGGUCGGUAACAUUUGUGAACAGUCAAAGUCCACUGGUUAUUACCGGUGAAGAACUUGAUCUUGAUUCCAUCUACUCUCCUAAUGAGCUAGUAGUCGAAAUUCAUGCCGCGGCGAUAAAUCCAAUUGACUAUAUCCUUUACAAACUUGCUUCCCCUCGUCUAGCGAGUAAGCAGCCCAAGGCGAUUUUGAGAGAUUUUAGCGGUGUCGUGUGCAGAUCCGGUGAAAACGUCAAGGAUUUUAAAGUCGGUGACAGAAUUAAUGGGGUUUUCGAUCACCUGUACGGCGGACGAGGCGCUUUGAGCAACUAUCUGGUGCUUGAUCCAGAAAAGUUCGGCGUCACUCCAAGCGUGUCUUUUGAGGGCCAAAAGUAUGACGAUUUUGUCUUGAACGCAGCAUGGCCUUUGGUCUUUGGCACGGCGUAUGACGGGUUGUUUCGUUUUGGUCAAAAACUGGGACCCUCCAGCAAAAUUCUCGUCAUAGGAGCGUCGACCGCGGUCGGAAACGCCGUGGUUCAAAUUGCCAAGAAUUAUCUCAAGUCUAGGGCUGUCGUUGGCAUCUGCUCGAAAAAUUCGAUCGACUACAAUCGAGAAAUGGGGUUCGACCAUCUUAUUCCCUACGAUGACGGUGACUUGGCGAAAGCUACCAAGGUGUGCAUCACAGACAAACUCGACGGGGAAAAGUUUGAUUUGAUCUUCGACUGUGUCGGAAACAAGGAUUUUUUUCCUUGCAUCAAUGAUGUUCUUAAACCUCGCUGCCAAAAUUCCUACUAUGUCACCAUUAUAGGUGACAAGAAGGUAAAUUAUAAUGCCCCUAGUCUCUCGAAUUACCUCCCCUCCUGGGAAAUGCUCCGCCGAUAUGGACCAUUUAGGAAAUACAACUACGCUAACUUCUUCACGCAGAACUCAAAAAAAGCGCUUGAACUGGGCAACGAACUCAUUAGCCACAAAGAAUUUGUACCUCAGAUUGAUUCCGUCUGGGAUUUCGAUGACUACCAGCAGGCAUUUGACAGAUUAACCUCCAACAGAGCGAAAGGCAAAGUCGUUAUCAGAGUAAAAUAA